AUGAACAACCCCGCCGGCGUGCCCAUGUAUGCCUUUAGCAAUCCCCAGGCGGGAAACAUGAACCCGUUUGCCAUGUCCCCCGGGCCGCCCUUCGAUACCGCCGCCCAGACACCAUUCCAACCAGGCACUCAGCCUGGCGUUGGACCAAACUUGAACCACAUGCAACGGCCAGCCCACCCUCAGCAGAUCCCACCGCACGCUUCACAACAGCACCUCUAUCGACAACAGCCAGGACAAGGCGUGCCCCCACGACCGGGUAGCGCCGUCCUGCAGGGGACACCAAACGAAGGUCAUUAUCCGAAUGGACAGACAACCCUUCCAAUGACCCAAGCCCCGAAUCAGCCAUUCCAUCAUCCCCAGCUACAGAUGCCUACAAACGUUCCUCAGUCGCAGCCAACCACCUCCGCACCGCUGGAUAUGAAUACUGCUCCUAAUAUGGCGGUCCAGAAUCAACAAAACGCGAGUCUGGCGCAACAGGCGCAAAUGCAACAUGCAGCACAAAUGACGCGUCCUGUCGCUGCUCAGCAUCAUCCUCAACAGGCGGCCGGGCCGUCAUUGUCACCACAGUCGGCCGCCCGGGAGCGUGCGAGGGUCUCAGUUCUUCUGGAAAUCAAUACCCAUCUGUUGCAAGAGGUGAUCUCUCUACAAAGCCAGGGAAAGGCAGGGACUGCGCCCAGUUCGGGUCAGCAGUCACCCACGUCGCCCACAUCGGCCGACCCGGGCAACACCUUGACGAAUAGCCCCGGUGAACCGCCAAAGAGUGCCGGCGGAGGCGGCGCAACUGCGAAUAAGCCGCCCUCCCAGGAGUACGCGGAUUGCAUGCGCCGCUUGCAAGCCAACCUGGCGUACCUGGCUGCAAUUGCAGAUGCAAAGAAGAAAGUGGGAGCACUGCCAACCGGCCCAGCAAUCAUGGUUCCGCCGCCUCAUCUACCACAAGUUCAUGACCUGUAUAAAAAGUUGAACGCUCUAUUCCCUGAAGCAGGACAAUCUGCCGCGAGCAAGGCGGCGGCAUUUGGGGCAGCUCAGAACCAGAACCCACAUGCUGGUGCCAAACCUGCCCAAGCAGCCUCAGUCUCGGCCCAUGGCUGA